CGUGGCCAACACUGACCGGUUCGGCAAUAUUGCUACUAAUGGCCAAUAUUUUCGGUAAUUUCGGUACCAUUUGGACGUACGAUAUAUUUCUAACGUUUGGCUUAUUUUUUUCGAUACCAUUUUGUUGUCUAAUCGACUCAUUAGUAUAUCAUUCAUUGUUUCGUAAUAUGAAACUGGCCGGUAUUAUAUUGAUUUUGUUGGGCUUUUUGGUAGUCCUAUUACCGUCAAAUUGGAAUGAAUAUUUGGGCGACUUAUUAAAGAAACGUUUGGCCCAAUGGAAGUCAAGGGAACAGUUAAAAAAAUCCCGUCGGGUUCAGGACACCAAUGGCAACGGUGGCGGCGGUAGUGGACAGUUGUCGAGGACUCGUACGCCAGUCGAUCGGGUCAAAUGAGACAAAGAGAGACCGACCAACAAAAUCAGUCAUCAACUUCUCAUAUAAAGCUUAUAUAUGACGUGUAUAUACAUAGGUGUGUGUAUGUGUGUGUAUGUGUGUGUAUG